UUAAUAAGAAGAAUAGUACAAGGAGGGAAAUGAAAUUUACAUUUUGCGCUAAUAAAACUUGCAGCACUCUCUUAAACAUAGCGCGCCACCUCAUCGCUACUCAACGCGCUUCCACCACUUCCGCCGCCAUGACUGACACCAACGUUCUCAAAACCAAACUCUGCAUCAUCGGAAGCGGCCCCUCCGCCCACACUGCCGCCGUAUACGCCGCCCGUGCCGAACUCAAACCCGUCCUCUUCGAAGGAUGGAUGGCAAACGACAUCGCUCCCGGCGGCCAACUCACCACCACUACUGACGUCGAGAACUUCCCCGGUUUCCCCGAAGGCAUCCUCGGUGGGGAACUCAUGGAACGUUGCCGCGCGCAAUCCGUUCGCUUCGGAACCGAGAUCUUCACUGAAACAGUAUCAAAGGUAGAUUUCUCCGCUCGUCCUUUUAGGGUUUUCACUGAUUCAAGAACCGUCGAGGCCGAUUCCGUGAUCGUCGCUACCGGAGCUGUUGCCAAACGGUUACCUUUUACCGGCUCAGGAGACGGUCCCGAUGGUUACUGGAACCGAGGGAUCUCAGCUUGCGCCGUGUGCGACGGCGCGGCUCCGAUCUUCAGAAACAAACCGUUGGCGGUGAUCGGCGGUGGUGACUCCGCCAUGGAGGAAGCAACGUUUCUAACGAAAUACGGUUCCGAAGUUUACAUAAUUCACCGUAGAGACACGUUUAGGGCUUCAAAGAUUAUGCAGAGCAAAGCGUUGAGCAAUAGUAAGAUUAAGGUGAUAUGGAACUCGAUGGUGGUUGAGGCUUAUGGAGGUGAAGAUAACAAGAGAGUGCUUGGAGGGUUGAAAGUGAAGAAUGUGGUGACAGAAGAGGUUUCUGAUUUGAAGGUUAAUGGAUUGUUCUUUGCAAUUGGUCAUGAGCCUGCAACUAAGUUUUUGGAUGGUCAACUUGAACUUGACUCUGAUGGAUAUGUUGUGACGAAGCCUGGGACUACGAAGACUAGUGUUGAGGGAGUUUUUGCUGCUGGUGAUGUUCAGGAUAAGAAGUAUAGGCAAGCUAUUACUGCUGCUGGCACUGGGUGUAUGGCGGCUUUGGAUGCAGAACACUUCCUGCAAGGGAUUGGUUUACAACAGGAUAAGAGUGAUUGACUAGAUACUAGAGGGUGUUCAGAGCUCAGAAGAUGCUUAAUUAGAAGCAAUGUUUGAUUUUUAAAGAAGAUUGGAAACAGAUCUUUAUGUACCCCGCUAGAAUCUUUAUUUGUUCGAAUUGUUAUUCAAAACUUGAUGGCGGAAAUAGACUUGCAUUAUUUUAGAAACUGGAGCUCACAGACAUAGUAUACUUGUUAUGAACUUAUGAUUUAUUGGGCCAAUGGAAUGAGUCGCUUGUUGUGAUUUAUUAAGGGCUACUUACCCAUUUGAUUGUACUGUAUUUGGUAAAAUCACCAAAUUUGUGUCUUUUGGUAGUAA